AAAUAACCGCGCCAUGUGUUAUUUUCUUUCAUUGUAUCAUCGUUUUGGAAACUUGAAUUCCAUGUGGUUGUAUAUUUGAUUUUUAAUAACUAAAUUUAUUAAACAUUUUAAAAGUUCUAUAAAAUUAUGACGGACAUCACAGAAAUGGAGCGUAUUUUGAUGCGCUUAUUAGAGCCAGAUAAUGAAGUUAUACAAAAAGCUACUGAAGAACUAACCUUAGCUUUAAAAAAUCCUCAAACAUACGUUAUUCUUUGUACAUUGAUUGGUACUAGUAAAGAUGAUAAAUUGAAAGAGUAUGCAGCUCUUGUAUUGAGAAAAAAAUUAUAUAAACGUAAUGCAUGGAUGAAUGUAUCUCAAGAAGUCCGCCAACAAAUAAAACAAUUUUUGCUCAAAACUAUUAUUGAAGAACCUAGUCUCCAGGUUAAAAAACAUAUUCUUCAGCUAAUAGCUGUAUUAGCUAAACAUGAGCUAAUGAGAAGUAAUUGGAAUGAGUUAUUUGCUUUUAUAGAAGCGUAUGUUCAAAGCAAUGAUAUUAAUGAAAGACAAUUUGGUAUGUUUGUGAUCAGACACUUAUCUGAUUAUAUUCCUCAAAUGUUUGAACCACAUAUUGCAACAUUUGUGAAUUAUUUUAAUACAACAUUAAGUAGUACUGAGGAUUGUACUUCUCCAAUAGUUUAUGACACCAUUACUUCAAUGAAUAAUAUUUUAGAAGUAUCUGUCCAAGCUCCCCAGGUCAUGCAAUUAUAUUCACAAUCUGUUCCUCGUGUACUAGAAGUUAUAAUUGUUCUGUCAACAAAUAGUCCAGACAAUGCCUGUGAUUGUUUUCAAUUACUUGAAUCUAUGUGUGAAUUUUCUAUUCAGGCUUUGAUACCUCAUUUAAAACCAAUUGUUCAAGUUUCUGCACAGUUAGCUGGUAAUAAAGAUAUAGAUGAAACUUUAAGAUGUAACGGAAUCAAUUUAAUUUCAACUAUUAUUCGUAGUAAAAAAAAGAUUUUAGUAAAGUUGAAUUUAUUGCAACCUAUAAUUGAACUAAUGUUUAGUAUUUUAAGUGAAGAAUCAGAUGAUGAUACAUGGUUUUUAGAAGAGUAUGGCUUAAAUCCAAUGAGCGCUGCAGGUGAUUGUAUGGCAGCUAUUUCUGAUGAAAUAUCAGCAUCCACUUUCAUGCCAAUAUUGAUUAAAUUGAUUGAUGCAGCAUAUACUACUCAAGAUCCUAAUGCUCUUAAAGCAUCUUUUAUGACAAUGGCUUUUGUGUCUGAUGGAUGUUCUGAAUACCUAAAAAAGAGUUAUCUUAAACAAUUUGUAACUGCAAUUAAAAUGGGAUUAAACAGUUCAAAUGAAACAGUUAAAUCAGCAGCUAUGUAUGCUUUAGGUGAAGUUUCUCAAUAUGUUCAACCUCAAGUUAGUAUGUAUGCUUCAGAAAUACUACCAGAGUUAUUGAAAAUGUUUAAAGAAAAGUUAAUAGUUGAUUAUACUAAACCAGAGUGUAGUUCUGAAGUACGCAUGAUUUUCUAUGCACUUGAUAAAUUCAUUGAUAGUAUGGAAGGUGGAAUUGAAGAAUAUUUACCAGAAAUGACCACAAUAGUAUUAGAUAUUAUAAAAAACGAACAAUGUUGCAUUGAACUUAAAGACAAAGCAAUUACUAUUAUGUGUAGUAUUGUUAAGUCAGGUGGUGAUUCUGUUGCACCUUACUUUAUUCCGGUUAUGGAAAAUCUUAAUGUUUAUUUAACGCCUGGAAUAGAUACUAAACUUGAACCUCUGCAGGUCAUGGUUAUACAAUUAUUAUCUGAAUUUGUGGAAGCUCUUGAUCCAAUUGUAUUUGAACCUUAUUUGGAUGCUAGUUUGAAAUGUGGAUUAGCUUUAUUACAAGCAGCUAAGGAUGAUCAACCAGAAGUUCGUGCCGUGUGUUAUGGUCUUUUUAGUACUGUGGCCAAAAUAUCUAUUAACCAUUUAGCACCAUACAUGGAAGUUGUAAUGCAAAAUGUUUUAACAAGUUUAGAAAAUAGCUUAAUUGCUAAUAAUUGUGUGAAUUUAGAGAAAAAAAGUUUUAAUGCUUAUAACAGUGAUGAUGAUGAUGAUGAUGAUAAAGAUGAAUCAUUAGAAACUGAAGACGAUGAUAGUAAUGAUGCUGAUAGUGAUAACUGCUAUAUUGAUGCUCAUGUAAUGGAAGAAAAAGAUAAUGCUUGUCGAACAGUUGCUCAAAUUGCUCAAACCACAGGGGAACAAUUUAUACCUUAUUUAAAUAAAAGCUUUGAAGUAAUAUCAAAGUUAUUAGAUGAAGAUGAUGAAGAUACUAUCGAUUCUGUACUUGAAGCAUAUGGACAACUUUGUAUUAAUUUUUCAAAAUUAUCUGAUAAUAGUGGUCAAGAAUGUUUAGAAAAGGGAUUGGAAAGAUUUUUGAGUUACGGGGAGAAAAAAAUCCAAGAAGAUGGGCUAGAAGCUUUAGAUACAACAUUCUUAGAUGUACUGGCUGAUAUGUUAAAAGAAAUUAAAAGUAAAAUGAUGAAGUAUGCUGAACCAAUUAUGAUGCUUGCUAAAAAUAUAGUAGCAUUAAAAAUAGGAGAUGGAAAUAAUCCUGGUGAAUUAGAUGAAUUAGAUAGUGAAAACAAUGAAUUGCCUUUAGAAUAUGCAGGAAAUGUUAUUUCAAAUUUAAGCUAUGUAAUCCCGCCACAAGCUUUCUCGGCAUAUUUUAUUUCAUUGAUGCCCUUACUCAAAAAGUUGAUGGCAAAAGGCUCAUCCGAUAUAUUACGAGCUACGGGGUUAGCUAUAAUUGGGGAAUCUGUUAAAGGCUUAGGAGAUAAUGCCAGCGAAUUGUCUGAAGUAAUGUUUUCACUUGUAAUUCCACUCAUUGAGGAUGAAGAUGAUUCUGUUAGAAAUAAUGCUGUAUUUGCAUUAGGAGAAAUUGCUUUUUAUGGCAAAGAAUCAAUUUACAAGUACUAUCCUACUAUAUUAAAUACAUUUUCUCAAGUGGUUACUAAAGAACAGAGAUCAAAAGUAUUAGAUAAUGUCUAUGGAGCUUUAGCACGUAUGAUAAUUACUAACAUUGAAGGAGUACCUCUUGAUCAUGUGGUACCUGUUAUGAUCAAUUACCUUCCAUUGCAUGAAGAUUUUGUUGAAAACUUAACAAUUUUCCGAUGUUUGGUAUAUUUGUAUGAAAUUGGCAAUCCAUUUAUGGUUUCUCUUUCAGAACCAGUGAUUAAAGCAUCAUUAAUUACAUUAAAAGAUAAAAGAAAAUAUGGCGAAAAUGAAGUCAAAGAAGAGAUUGUUAAACUUUUGCGCAUGUACAAAAGAGAUUUUCCAGAUAAAUGCUUAUUGACACUUUCCGAAGAUUUAUUCAAGUUAUUAAGUGAUCUAUGAAUGUAAUUGAUUUAAUCAUUAUAUUUAUUUUUCUAUGAAAUCUAAAUCAUUUUGCUAAGCAUCUUUGUUUAUUUCGAAAAUAUAAAUAUUUUUAUAUUAUCUUUAAUAUUUUAUUUUUUAUG